CGGGUGACCACCACCAUCCCUCGAUAUUCUCCCAACCGCGACACCUAUAAAGAACCGAACGAAAGAAAGAAAGAUGUAAAAAAGCGGUCGCCCGAAUCACCCCCCGAAACAGCCGCCAAACGAAUUGGGAUCGCAGCACAUCCCAGUCCCAUCUCCACCCUCUCCUUCCCACCACGCCGACCACGCCCCCGCGCGGAUCGACCCCGGGCUGGGAGCGGGACUCAUCGUUUCGUUCCUCGGUUGCUAAAAUGGAUAAGCUCAAUGGUUCUGCACGUCUUAUGAUUGUUUCAGAUCUUGACCAUACAAUGGACUAAAAUUUUGCAGGUUGAUCAUCAUGACGAGGAGAACUUGUCCUUGCUUAGGUUCGGUGCUCUGUGGGAAUCCGUCUACUGUCAGGAUUCUCUACUUGUCUUUUCGACUGGAAGAUCACCUACUCUGUAUAAGGAAUUGAGGAAAGAGAAGCCUAUGCUGACUCCAGAUAUCACUAUCAUGUCUGUGGGAACUGAGAUAACAUAUGGGGAGGCAAUGGUUCCUGAUGAUGGCUGGGAAGAAUAUCUGAAUAAUAAAUGGGACAGGAAUAUUGUUCUAGAGGAAACUGCUAGCUUUUCUGAGCUGAAGCUUCAGUCAGAAACAGAACAGCGUCCACAUAAGGUCAGCUUUCUUGUUGACAAGAAGGGUGCUCAGGAAGUGAUAAAAUCUCUUUCUGAUAAGUUGGAGAAACGUGGGCUAGAUGCCAAAAUAAUAUACAGUGGUGGCCAGGACCUUGAUAUAUUACCUCAAGGGGCUGGAAAGGGCCAGGCACUUGCAUAUUUGCUCAAGAAGUUUAACUCAUGUGGAAAACCACCCAACAAUACACUUGUUUGUGGUGACUCUGGUAAUGAUGCAGAAUUAUUCAGCAUCCCUGGUGUGCAUGGUGUCAUGGUCAGCAAUGCCCAAGAGGAACUACUUCAGUGGUAUGCAGAUAAUGCGAAGGAUAAUCCUAAGAUAAUUCAUGCAACUGAAAGGUGUGCAGCUGGUAUUAUACAAGCUAUUGGACACUUCAAGCUAGGACCUAAUGUUUCUCCUAGAGAUGUGGAGUUCCCUUAUGCAAGGGAGGCCUCUUUCAAGCCUACAGAUGCUGUAGUAAAGUUCUACGUUCUCUAUGAGAAGUGGCGCAGGGCUGAUGUUCCAAAUUCUGAUUCUCUUAUACAGUACUUAAAAAACAUCACUCAUGCAAAUGGAGUUAUUAUUCAUCCUGAUGGGCUUGAACAUUCGCUCCAUGCAUCCAUUGAUGCAUUGGGAUUGUGUUAUGGUGACAAACAAGGGAAAAAAUACCGAGCAUGGGUGGACAGACUUGUUAUCACACAGACUGGUCCAGACAGUUGGCUAGUAAGAUUUGACUUGUGGGAAUCAGAAGGACAAAGCAUACAAUAUGUUGAUGAGGCUUUCAACUUUAUGUUUUUUCCUGUCUAUAAUAUGAAGUAUGCCACAGGUGAUGUGCGUGUGUGCUCUCUGUCAAGUCUUGCUUUGAACAUAAUGCCUGAAACCCCUGAGGUCUUUGUGCUAACGCACAUCCACAAGACAUGGCUCAAUGGAUACUCUUCAGGGAUUGAGCAGGCAUCUAAGCUGUAGACCAAUUUACCGCCUCCCAGUGCACGCGAAUGGAAUUUUCGUGAGGAUAUAAUAAUGUACCUUCUUGAGAGAAUCUUCUUUUUCCUGUUUAUAAUGUUAGCUUCUUCAAAACCACACUGGAGGAUGUCCAGGGAGGAUUUGGCGCCUACUUAUCUGUUACGUAAGAUAAAUGUUCCGUCUCGUGACAAUCAUGUGAAGAUAAAGUGAUUCAUUUCAGUA